AUGUCAUUAAAAUACAAGAAAUUUGUGCUCUUUGGUGACUCUAUCACAGAGUUCGUGUUCAACACGCGCAUGGAGGAGGGAAAAGGCGAUCAGUUCUCCAUGGGCGCUGCGCUGUGCAACACAUACGCGCGGAAGCUGGACAUUGUGCACAGAGGGUUCAGCGGCUACAACUCGCGUUGGGCACUCAAGCUGCUGCCGCACAUUCUCGAAAACGAAGGUUCAGACGACAUAGCGAUGUGCAUGGUGUUUUUUGGUUCCAAUGACGCCGCAUCUGCUGGCGACCAACAAGUGGAACUACCGGAAUUCACGGAAAACACCAAGAAGUUGGUGCACAUGCUCAAGGCCAAGGGCAUAAAAGCGAUUUUGGUGGGUCCCGCGCUUCACGAUCGCGAACACUGGGCGGCGAGUAGACCUGUUGACGCGGCGAAGGACGGGAUUUUCCGGUGCAACGAGAACAACAAGCGGUACUCGAAUGCGGUGCAACAGGUGGCCAAAAAGGCGGGAGUCCCGUUUGUGGAUUUGAUGAGCGCGUUUGCGAGCUACGGCGACAACACCUGGCAAGAGCUGUUGUGUGACGGACUUCAUUUUACGGGCAAAGGUUACGAGGUGUUUUACCACGCGCUGGUGGAGAAGAUCCGCCAGGCGUAUCCGGAGCUGGCGCCUGAAAACGUAGUGUACAAGUUGCCCAACUGGAGGGACUUGCAGAGCGAUGGGUCGAAGCUGGACGAGUAUCUGUAG